AUGUUGCAGGAGAACGGGCCCCUCCUCAUCAAUGCCACCGGUGGCCUCAUGCGAAACCCAUAUGCCUGGACCAAGCAAGCCAACCUCUUGAUCCUGGAGAGUCCCGGAGGUGUUGGAUACUCCUAUUGUGCAGCCAUGAAGGCCGGCGGCAACUGCAACAAUACAGAUAUCUCCACGGCCCGCGCGAAUCGUGCAGCGGUGCAAGACUUCUUCAAGAAGUUUCCAGAGCUGAAGGCCAACGAGUUCUUCAUCACAGGCGAAUCCUACGCGGGGGUCUACAUUCCAACACUGACGCAUGAGAUUCUUGAGAACGCGCCUGAAGUCAAAAUGAUUCUGGUUGCUGUCGGUGAUCCUUGCACCGACUUGCCAUCGCAGAAAGAGUCGAUGGACAUGUUGUGGUAUGCACACAAGCACGGCUUCGUUCCUGACAGUGACUUCGACUACCUCUGGAACAACUGCUCAGCGAGGCACUGUGCAGUCUGGUUUGACCUCCUUGCAUCCAUCCUUCCUUGCGCGCGGGCACUGGCGCCGGUCAGCAGGGCGCUGGCCUUGGGUAGGGAUCCCUGUGUAUUCUACAGCAUGCUUCUGCGCUGGGAAGCCAAGAUCACGCCCAGCUUGGCCUUGGCCACGCGGCCACCACGAGGGCUUUCCGAAGCAGCAUCGGACGAGAAGUGCAAGCUGCUGAACCGACAGUUCUUGGCCACCACAUCGCGUGGUCUUUCCCAGGGCUGGAAGAAGGCCUACAUCAACGAGCUGAACCUCUUUUCGGACGCUUCGGCCCUGGACUGGUCUCUGCCAGGCACCUUGAACUACUACACGGCGCAGUGGAUGAUGCGGGCGGAUGUGAAAGCGGCUCUGCAUGUGGAGAGCUCCCCCGCGACCUCCUGGCCAGGUCCGCCGGAUGGCUGGCAGUACACCAGCAGCUACAACGCCUGCAACGAUGCUCCGGGCAAGCCGAGCAUGAUCGAUUUCUACCGCAUGAUUGCUCCAAAGCUGAGGACGACCAUCGUUUUCAAUGGCGACACUGACCCCUGCGUCUCCUAUGAGGGCACCCGCACUGCCAUCGAGAAAGUCGGCUAUGCAGUGGUUUCCGGCGGUCACUACCGUCCGUGGUUCUACGACAAGACGUCCGCGGACAUCGAAAUUCUGAAAGAGAAGCCCAACCUCUUUGGCCCCAACCUCGAGCUGCAGCCCGCCGGGCCCCAGUUCGGCGGCCACGUGGUGGACUACGAGCACGGCCUUUCCUUCGCCACCGUCCAUGGCAGUGGACACAUGGUGCCGCAGUUCCGUCCCCAAGCAGCGGUCCGCUUGCUGGAUCGUCUCCUUUCGGGCAAAGCUUUCACACCCCUCCUUCCAAGUGACUCAGAGCUUGCGGCCAUGGACGACGACGCCUUCGACCAGGCAGUUGACCAGUGGACCGACAAAGCAGAGAGAGACGUCACCGCACGAAUCACUUCCCUGGUUGUUUGA